AUGAAUAACAGACAGCUCCUGUUGAGUACUCUGCUGCUCCCCCUGCUGGUUGCCUCCGUGAGGACCAACUGGGGGGCACGCCUGAAGGGGAGGUCACUCCAAGAAGGGGAUGAUGCGAAAGACGCCCCUCACGGGGGGAAAAACACCAACCAGUAUUUCAAAUGUUUUGUGGACAAGGCAAAGGAAAACACGGCCGUAAGGGAGGACGACGUGGCCAGGUGGGUGGACCCCCAACACAACUCCUGCUACUGCAGUGAGGAAAACACGCAGCCGUGUUCGAUGAACGAUAUAAGCAACUCCAAGUUUAUAAGUCAACUGAUGAAGACAGAAAUCUGUGAUCUCAACGAUAGGGGAAGCAAGAACAACCUGUUCAUCGUGUUGGAAAACUAUUCGACGAUGAAAUGCUCCAACGUAGAUAGCACGACGGAGAAAAUUAAUCAGAGCGAACUGUACAACUAUUGCAAAAGUGGGUUGCCUGCCUGGGACAACAAGCACUUUUACGAGUACCUCAAUUGUGACACGGUGAGGAAUAAACAAGGGAAGCAACCAGACGGUAUUGGACCAGAUGGUAUUGUACCAGGACAUACCUGUGCUGACUUGUGCAAAGAGAUUAAGGAACUUUGCAACUCGAAGAGCUCCCAAUUCUACUCCUUCGAAAUGUGCAGUAAGUACUACGAAAUAAAUCACUUCACGGCAGAUAUUUUUAACAAAACUUUUAAAACGUUCCAGGAUAACUGUUCCUACUUUGAUCCCACCAAUAGGGGACUACUUCUGUGCAAGCAUAAACACAUCCCCUGCGAAUUCAGCGAAUGGUCCGAUUGGACCACCUGCACAAAGUCUUGCAAAAAUGGUAGUUACGAUGCAGAAGCAAUUCGAAGUAGGAAAAGGUACCUAGUUAAGGAAGUGAAGUAUGCUGGAAAGGCAUGCAGCAUAGUGGUAAAGGAUAAGAACAAACUGGUAGAUGUAGAUUUCUGUGGUGAAGUCCCCCUAUGUUCUUCUAUUAACCCGUCUAGCAAUGCAUCUAACAAUCGUAACGGUCCUGUUGACACUACCACCCCGGAGAAGACAUACGACAACCCCCCUUUUGUGAUACCACUUAAGGAAAUAGAAAAGGCCAACAUGCUAAACGACUUGAACCAACCAGAUGGAGACGUCAUAAACGAAAACUUCGUGCAUAAUGAGAUGGAUACUUUAACUGAGUGCACCGUGGCAGACAUGGGACUCUUCGAACAUUCAAGAGAGUACAGUGAGAAAAUAAAAUCUUGUGCUUGCCCUCCUUACCACUCUCCAUGCUACUUUAAAGACAUAUACAAAUCAGACUACUGGAAAAAGUCCUUCGACAGACACUGUGCAGAUAAUCCCACGCUUAAUGUUGUCACGGCGGAUUUUGUUAUGCUGAGUUGUGAUAACUCCAUAACCAUUAGGAAGAAGGAAAUUGCAGUUAACACUUACCUUGCUAUGACCUUUGACUGUCGCUCUCCUACCUUUCGAUAUUUGUUUUGCUCCAAGUCUAAUGAAUCCUCCAGAACGAAUAUUUUUUACAUCGUCCUUACUUGUGCCCUUGCGUUAAUUUCUUCCUUGUACCUCAUACAUUUGCUCUUAAGCGAGCAUGACAAGUGGGCCUUUUUCAUCACUCGUAUUGUUAAUCCUAAACGGGCUUCCCCAACGGACCACCCUUCGACGGGCCAUUCCUCAGGGUCCUCUUCAGAUGAAAUGAACGACAACGGAGAGGAAACCCCCAACCCGGAGGACACCCCCACGGUAACCCCCUUGCGGAAAUAUGGAUCGAGAAGUUAA